AUGUCUGAUGUAGAGGAGGAAUACGAGUGAGUAUGGAAAUAGUAUAAAUCACCGAUGUAAUGCUGUGAUGGCCACUUUCCUGGUUAAAAUUUGGAAUUUAUUGCCAACUGAAUUGGUAACUGAAUUUCUCUCUCUCUCGCUCUCUCUCACACAUACACACUUUUGCUCUCCCCCCCCCCCCCCCCCCCCCCCCCCCCCCUCCCCCUCUCUCUAUCUCUGGUAGGGAGGGGCAGGCGGAAGGUGAGUGGGUUGCUGUGCUGAGGCGUUAGUGUUGUUAUUAAUGUUGGACCACACUUGGCCUUGCAUGUGGAAGUCUAUGACCCUGUUGUUAUUAGCCUGUGCUCUCAGCUCCUAUUGCUUUCAGCACACUGCUGACAAAUGGUUUUUAAAGCCCCAAGCCUCUGCCAUCUAUUAGCCACACGCUCUCCAUCUCUCUUUUCAUCUCCCUCCAUUCCUUUAAUCUUCUAUCUCUUUAAUCAUCAUUCUAAUGUCUCUCUCCAUCCCCUCAUUUGUGUCUUUUUCUUCUCCACACUUGUCUUUCUUCGUUUUUUUCCCUAUUUCUACCGCAUUGCCUUGAUUUUGUCAUUGCCCCAUGUCCCUUCUUUUUUGAACUGCUCUCUGACUUUCUCUCUCCCCAUUUGGCUCCCCCCCCUCUCUCUAUCUCUCUCUAUCUCUCUCUCGCUCUCUCUCUCGCUCUCUCUCUCUCUCUCUCUCUCUCUCUCCAGAGGAGGCAGAGGAGGAGCAGGAGGCGGAGCCAGAGGAGGAGCCAGAAGGAGAACCACAGGAGGAGGAUGGAGGAGGUGAGACUAGUUGUCACUCAAAUGACACCCUAUACGUACAAUAACACUGCAUUUCUUUUGGCUGUGUCUCAAAUGACAAUCUAUAUCCCCUACAACACAACAGUACUUUAGACUGGCCGUGUCCCACAUUACACCCUAUAUCCCCUACAACACUCUACUACUUUAACUUAACAAUGGCUGUCUCAAAUGACACACUAUAUCCUGUGUAACACUACACCACUUUAGACCAGAACCAUGUGACUUGCUCUAUGUGACUUUGGCUAGAGUUAGUCCAUUAGUGCUAUUUGGGUUCUUAAUUGGAUUCGUUCCGACAUUUUCUUGAUUUCUUGUUGUGUUUAUAUAUAUAUAUAUUUUUAAAUAAUUUGUGUACUUGUUUGACAAGUUACUGCAUUGUUAGGGGCUAGUAACAUAAGCAUUUCGCUACACCAGCUAUAACAUCUGCUAAACUAUGUGCGCGACCAAUAAACUUUGGUUUGAUCACAUGGGAAUUGCCUAGGAUGUCAUGCCAAAUGAUGAUUAGCCCACUGUCUAGAAAUAGCCAAUCAGAAUCAAAUCUUAAGAAAAAAAGUUGAACAACAGACCCCCAAAAAUUUCCCCAAGAGGACAAGAAUCUGUUUUCUGGCAAAUUUGGGCUCUUAGCCCACUUUUAGAGCCCGGGUUUAAAAGGAGGGGUUUUUCACAAAAAAUAGCUGAUGUGAGUGUGGUUAUUUUAAAAAGCUCGGUUUGGAUUUAAUUUUUUAAAAGGGUUUCUUUUUGCCCGCUGUGGGGAUAAGAAACCUUUGUCCGCCCCUUGGGGGUGGGUUGGAUAACCGGGACACAAUAAAAAAUUAUCAUCAUUCAAAAACCAAGCUUGGAAAAAAAAAAUUUUUAAAAGGGUUAAAAAAUUUUAAAAAAUUAUAGGUAUUAAAUUACUAUGGGUUAAUUUUUUGUAACAUUUUGGUUUUAAUUUUUUUUUUGCUCUUUUUAUGCAAUGUUUUUUUGGGGUUUUUCCUUGGAAGCCCAUUCCGUGGAGACAUGUACAUUUUCAAUUUCAAAAUUUGGAAAAAAUAAAUUAUUAAAUUUUUAGAAAUUAUUUUUUAGGGGGGGUUACUUCGGGGGAAAUUCAAAAGGGGUUUAUUCCUUUGGGGGGUUGGCCUCAACCCAAAAAAUUUUGGGGUUCCCCCAGGGUUUUAUUCUUGCCCCCUAAAAUUUCGUGUUCAAUUCCCCCUUUUUUUGUUUUACCUUGUGGCCCCAUUUUGGGCUUUUUUUUAACCUGCCUCCUUUUAAAAGAUGAAAUGGAUUAAAAAAAUAUAAGGGGAAACUUUAAAAUUUAUUUUAUUUUGCUUGCAAAAAGAGAGGGGGCUAUUUUGGCACCCGGGUUCCAAAAGUGCUUUGGAGUCUUUUGAUGACAAUUUGAAUUUUCAACAAAAAGGAAAAAAAAUUUUUUGGUGUGGGGCAAAAAGGUUGUGUUUUUUGGCCCAUCAAAAAUGUGGCCAGGGGAAAACCCCAUAAAUUACCCCUUUUAAGGCCAAUAUUGCUGCCCUUCCCUAAUGACACACAAUACACCCUUAGGGAUUACAUAUAGGGUUAUUCCAUUCUAUUUAGCCUCAAUCUAUUUUUGGUUUCACAGUUGUUAUUGCUGCAGUACUUUUCAGUGUUCAACUGCUUGUUUUUGUUGCUUGCUGCUUAGUUUUUGACUUUUUUAUGCUCUGCACUUCCUUAUGUGGAGACAAUGUACAGUAUACAUGGAGUGUACAAAAUAUUAGGAACCCCUUCAUAAUAUUGAGUUGCAACCCUUUUGCCCUCAGAACAGCCUCUAUUCGUAGGGGCAUGCACUUUACAAGGUGUCACACGUUCCACAGGGAAGUUGGCUGGAUGUCCUUUGGGUGAUGGACCAUUCUUGAUACACACAGGAAACUGUUGAGUGUGAAAAACCCAGCAGUGUUGUAGUUCUUGACACACUCAAACCUGUGCGCCUAGCACCUAAUACCAUACCCCAUUCAAAGGCACUUAAAUAUUUUGUCUUGCCCAUUCACCAUCUGAAUGGCACACAUACUCUCAAUUGGCUUAAAAAUCCUUCUUUAACCUGUCUCCUCCCCUUCAUCUACACUGAUUGAAGUGGAUUUAACAAGUGACAUCAAUAAGGGAUCAUAGCUUUAACCUGUAUUCACCUGGUCAGUCUAUGUCAUAGAAAGAGCAGGGGUUCCUAAUGUUUUGUACACUCAGUGUAUAUCCUCAUAUGUAGAACAUUUGCAGUUACUUCUUGUAUGUACGUAAUUAUGAACGCUUGUACAGUACAAGUCUCAGAAAACUACAUUUCCCUUUAGUAGCUGUUGGGGUCACACAGUUGUAGUCAAUGAUGUGGCCCUCAGUGCAUGAUGGGAAAUGUGAGUUUUCCUAAGCUUGUUGGCACCACUGCAUUAAACUUACUCUCUCUUCAAUUGUUCCAAUAUUCUUCUUGCACCUCCUCUCCGCUGUUUUCCUAGCUUUUCUUUCCUCAUGUUUUAUUUCUAAAUGUUCUUUCAAUAGGUCUCUCGGGGGUGGCUCUCUCUCUCUCUCUCUCUCUCGUCUCUCCUCUCUCCUCUCUCUCUCUCUCUCUCUCUCUCUCUCUUCUCUCAAUAUAUACUGUAUAUAUCUCUCUCUUUCUCUCUCUCUCUCUCUCUCUCUCUCUCUCUCUCUCUCUCUCACUCUCUCUCUCUCCCUCGCUCUCGCUCUCGCUCUCUCUCUCUCUCUCGCUCUCUCUGCCUUUGGCACAUCAGAGCAGGAAGCUCAGGAGGAGGAAGGUGAGAGUGAUUGUGGGAGUGAUUCUAACACACCUGAGGCACACAUUGAUUUAGUUGGUUUUUAAUCACAUGAAAUCUAACCUACAUUUGAAAUGCCUGUAUGAAGGAGGAAUCAUGUGCUAACUCUUUAACUCAUGGCAUCAUCAACAGAAGCUGUACCGUUGCUACACACACCGACACUUCAUUGAUGAUGAUGAUGAUGAUAUGAUGGUGCAUGCUAUUGCUCCUGUUGUACUCUGGAGGUCAAAUACUAACUUCAGAUCUGCAGGCGUAACUCAAAUCUUUUUUAUUGUACACCCUUCUGACAUCAAUUUAUGAUUUACGCAAAAUGUAUUGCCUUGUCUUUUUGUCCUGUUUUUGAGAAUUGUGUCCUCUAUUUUCUUCAGGACUAUGGAUUUCAUUUGACAGAAUGAGAACAAAAGCUAUAUUUCUGUUCUUUCCUGUGUUAAAACUUCUCCCUCUCUCUCUCUCUCUCUCUCUCUCUCUCUCUCUCUCUCUCUCUCCUCUCUCUCUCUCUCUCUCUCUCUCUCUCUCUCUCUCUCUCUCUACAGAGGAGAAACUUCCCAUACCCAAGUAUGUUCACUUUUGUGUGUGGCAAUUUUGCUUCGUGCAUGUGACAAAUAGGUCAAAACAUUUAUUUCUCUGUUCAUCCUCUAUUUCACUUAUUUUCUCUCCUCCUUUCUCGUCUCUCUCUUUCUCUAAGGCCCAUGGUGCCCCAGCUAGCCCCUCCCAAGAUUCCAGAGGGGGAUAGGGUGGACUUUGAUGUGAGUGAUGUCAUCUCAUAUCAAGGAAUUGGCCCACUAUUGGGUCCUGAUUGGCUGUUGCCCUUCGAUUUCCAAAUCCACUACUGAACAUUACACCACAUCUCUGAAUAAGAAUCUAUUUAAUCUCAAUCCUCUCCUUUUCUCUCUCUCCCUCUCACAGGACAUCCACAGGAAGAGGAUGGAGAAGGACCUCCUGGAGUUGCAGAGUCUGAUUGACGUCCACUUUGACCAGAGGAAGAAGGAGGAGGAGGAGCUCAUUGGGCUGAAGGACCGAAUCGUGAGUCAACUUCCUGUUUACUUCAUGUUGAAUUGUUGAAAUGGAACAGAGGAAGUACAACCUUAACUAUCUGAACAAUAACAAUGCUCAGGUUUUUUCAUUUAACGUUUUGUCCCAACAGAACACAACCCUGGUCAAGAAGUGGACAAGUCACGAUAAAAAAAGUCUAAAGUCCUGUCCUCUCAUCCUUUCCCUCUCUCAUCCCCACAGGAGAAGCGUCGGUUUGAGAGGGCAGAGGUGCAGCGAGUUCGAGCGGAGAAGGAGCGGGACCGGCAGAACAGGAUUGCGGUAGGUCAAAACACAUCCUUGCGGUACCUCAGGAUUGUGGUAGGGUCAACUUCACACCCCUGUGAUAGCCCAGGAUUAUGGUAGGGCCGGGUACACACCUGUGGUACCCCAGGAUUGUGGUAGGGCCGGGUACACACCUGUGGUACCCCAGGAUUGUGGUAGGGCCGGGUACACACCUGUGGUACCCCAGGAUUGUGGUAGGGUCAACUUCACACCCCUGUGGUACCCCAGGAUUGUGGUAGGGCCUGGUACACACCUGUGGUACUCCAGGAUUGUGGUAGGGCUGGGUACACACCUGUGGUACCCCAGGAUUGUGGUAGGGCCGGGUACACACCCCUGUGGUACCCCAGGAUUGUGGUAGGGCCUGGUACACACCUGUGGUACCCCAGGAUUGUGGUAGGGCCUGGUACACACCUGUGGUACCCCAGGAUUGUGGUAGGGCCGUGUACACACCUGUGGUAGCCCAGGAUUGUGGUAGGGUCAAACUUCACACCCUGUGGUACCCCAGGAUUGUGGUAGGGCCUGGUACACACCUGUGGUACUCCAGGAUUGUGGUAGGGCUGGGUACACACCCUGUGGUACCCCAGGAUUGUGGUAGGGCCGGGUACACACACCUGUGGUACUCCAGGAUUGUGGUAGGGCUGGGUACACACCUGUGGUACCCCAGGAUUGUGGUAGGGCCUGGUACACACCUGUGGUACCCCAGGAUUGUGGUAGGGCUGGGUACACACCUGUGGUACCCCAGGAUUGUGGUAGGGCCGGGUACACACCCCUGUGGUACCCCAGGAUUGUGGUAGGGCCUGGUACACACCUGUGGUACCCCAGGAUUGUGGUAGGGCCAGGUACACACCCCUGUGGUACCCCAGGAUUGUGGUAGGGCUCGGUACACACCCCUGUGGUACCCCUAGUACUUUUCCUUUCUAACUUUAGCAUUCUCUCGUGCUCAGGAAGAACGGCAGAGAAAGGAAGAUGAGGAGGCUAAAAAGAAGAACGAUGAUGAGGCCAAGAAGAAGAAGGUUCUUUCCAACAUGGGGGCCAACUUUGGGGGCUUCCUGCAAAAGGUAUUUAUGUCCACUGUCAUUCUCUUGUUAGCUUUAGGAACAGAUCUUUGGAUUUAUACAGUGUUUCAUUAAGAUAAAUAUCUAUUUGGUUGCUCAAUUUAGAGUUGCGUGCAUGUUCUGUCAGACUGUUUUAAACAUAGAAAUUGAAUUAGAACAUGUGAUUGUAUUUCAGGCAGAGCAUCGUGGGAGGGGGAAGCGUCUAACGGGGAGAGAGAUCAAGAGGAAGACCUUGGCUGAGAGACGACCCACACUGGAGAUCGACAACCUGAGAGAGGAUGCCCUGAAGUGAGUCCCGGCCGAUCACACCUGGGCCAAAAUCUUCCUCACACCAUCACAUCAGUUUUCAAGAAUACAUGUCCAAAGCCCACACACCUGGCCUGCCAACUGUGUUGCUAUGGUUACCACCUGUAACCCCCCCCCCCCCCCCCCCCCCCCCCCCCCUCUCUCUUGGUCUCCCAGGCAACAAGCUCAGGAGAUGUGGAACUGGAUCUUCACGCUGGAGUCUGAUAAGUUUGACUUCAUCGAUCACAUGAAGAAACAGAAAUAUCAGGUGGGAAGACCUGGACACAUGUACCAAAGGCAGAAUCCGUAGAUGUUUAGGCUUGUGUGUAAGCGACUGUAGACGUCUGUUGUGUAGUAUUUGUGAAAUCACUGAUGCAAUUGUGUCAUUUGUUUGUGUGCAGAUUAUCGUUCUCUUGAACAGAAUCACGAGUGCCCAGAAAUUGUAAGUACAGCAACCCUAUUCAAUUUCUUGGUUUCUUUAUGUGAACUUUUUGGCCACUUUUUCAGUAACGUGUUUGUAUGGUAUGUGCAUUUCUCUACGAAUAGUUGUUUCUGAACUUAGCUCUCUUUCUCCCUAUCUCACUCCCCUGUAGUAAAAAGGUCCAUGGUAAGGGGAAGGUCGGUGGUCGUUGGAAAUAAAGAAACUCCCACUCUCAUAGGGCAGAAGGGAGAAGACGACUUUGGAGGGAAGAAGAAAAGAGGGAGAUCCCACCCUCCCCUCUUCCCUCUCCCCUCUUCAAUCUUUCCUCUCUUAUUGUGGCCACCCUCUUCUUUGGCAUGUCCUCGUGUGUUUCAUUGCAAAAUACAAGUUAUAAUAAUAUGUAUUGAUAAUAAAAUCGGUGUACACUC